AUGAGUCGUCGCAACGGAAAUCCGGUCGAAGUCGGAGAUUUUCCUGAAGAGGAAGGAGAUGUUCCUGCAGCUUCGAUGGCAGAGGUUAUGCGUCAGAUGGCAAACCAGAACAGUCGUUUGAUGGCCCUUCUGGAACAAUUCACCGGAGGAGCAAACCCAGCAGCACAGCGUGGCGCACCGGAACAAAUUAUAGAAUCUCUUUCAACCGCUAUCAAGGAGUUCCAUUUCGAUCCUGAGAACGGGUUAACGUUCGACCGCUGGUUCUCCAAAUAUGAAGACCUUUUCAGACAGGAUGGUAGGAACCUGGAUGAUCCGGCAAAGGUUCGACUGUUGCUGCGUAGCCUGAGCAUCCCGGUCCAUGAGAAAUUUUUAAAUUAUCUCCUACCAGACCACCCACGCAAUUUCACGUUCGACGAAGUGGUGGACAAACUGAAGGCGAUUUUUGGGCAACAAAAAUCAUUGUUCAGCAAGCGCUACGAUUGCCUUCAAAUAAUCAAAAACGAAGCCGACGAUUUCGUGACAUAUGCUGGGGCAGUCAACCGGCAGUGUGAGGAAUUCGAGCUACAAAGACUCACCGCUAACCAGUUCAAGAGCCUCGUAUUCAUCUGCGGUCUUAAGUCGGCAAAGGACGCCGAUAUCCGGACCCGUCUCCUAUCCAAGCUCGAGUCCGAUGCAGCUGAAAUCAACAUCGAUGGUUUGGUGACCGAAUGCCAGCGCCUGUCAAACCUCAAGCAUGACGUGGCGAUGGUGGAGAAGAAACAUUCAUCUUCGAUGGUCCAGGCGGUUCGGCAGUUCAAGAAGCAAUCGAGCCAUCAAUCAAAACAACCCCCACCAGCAAACGAUAAAGUUCCACCAUCUCCGUGCUGGCAAUGUGGCGCGAUGCAUUUCGUCAAGGAUUGCAAUUUUGCCAAGCACAUCUGCAAGCAAUGCGGAAAAAUUGGGCACCGUGAAGGUUAUUGCAGUUGCUCGUCAAAAUUUUCUGCAUCAUCGUCCGCAGGCGACAAGAGGGGCAAACCGAAGAACAGGACAUUAAGAAUGAAAACGAUCCAGUUGAAGCAAAUCCGAAGUCGUAGGCGAUACCUGACUGUUGAUUUCAAUGGUGUCCAAGUAAAGCUUCAGCUCGAUUGCGGUUCUGACAUCUCAGUUGUCUCUCAAGAUGUCUGGAACAAGAUUGGUGGACCUACAAUCAACGCUACCCAAAUGCAAGCAACAACCGCAUCUGGGGGACCUUUGGAACUGCUAGGAGAGUUCACUUCAUCUGUGACCAUCAGCAACGUCACGCGAGAGGAGCAAUGUUACGUCACUUCGGUCAACAAUCUGAACGUCAUUGAACUGGAUUGGAUGGACGCAUUUGAUCUCUGGCCAAAGCCGCUCGCUGCACAAUGCAAUCAGGUGAAUCUUUCCAAAUUUCUUAACAACGAUCAGCACUUCCUCACUCGCUUCCCCGAAGUUUUUCAGAACGGUUUGGGCCACUGCACUAAAACCAAAGUUGGCCUGAAUCUCAAACCAGGCGCGCUACCAGUUUUCCGACCCAAGAGACCAUUUCCAUUCCAUGCCACUCAAAAAGUCGACGAGGAAUUGGAACGACUGCAACGUUUAGACAUCAUCACACCCAUCGAUUUCUCCGACUGGGCAGCUCCGAUCGUUGUUGUCAAGAAGCCUGGCGGCAAAGUACGCAUCUGCGCCGAUUAUUCCACCGGUCUCAAUGCGGCACUCGAAGCAAACAACUACCCUCUUCCAACACCCGAAGACAUCUUCACCAAACUGGCUGGUAAGCGUGUCUUUAGUAUCAUCGAUCUUUCCGAUGCAUAUCUGCAAGUGGAAGUGGACGACAAAUCGAAGAAGCUGCUGACAAUCAACACCCAUCGUGGCUUGUUUCGAUUUAAUCGUUUGGCACCUGGGGUGAAAUCCGCUCCCGGGGCGUUCCAGCAGCUGAUGGCGAAAAUGAUAGCAGGCCUGAAGGGAGUUGAUGCAUUUCUUGACGACAUUAUCAUCCACAGCGAAGACGACGAGAAACAUUAUGCAUCACUAACAGCUCUUUUCAAACGACUCCGAGACUAUGGUUUCCACCUGCGCUUGGAAAAGUGCCGUUUCAACCAGAAGGAAAUUAAAUACCUCGGACACAUAGUCGAUCCAAAUGGAAUCCGGCCCGAUCCAGCGAAAAUUCAAGCUAUUUCCCAGAUGCCAGCUCCAACUGACGUUACCACUCUGCGGUCAUUCCUGGGCGCAGUUAAUUUCUACGGGAAAUUUGUCCGAGAGAUGCACCAAUUACGCCAUCCUUUAGAUAAGCUUCUGAAGAAGGAUGCGAAAUUCAUCUGGAACCAGGAAUGUCAACUUGCCUUUUCAAACAUCAAGCGGAUUCUGCAAUCAAAUCUGCUCCUCACCCAUUACAAUCCGGAACACGAUAUCAUCGUGGCUGGUGACGCAUCAAAGACCGGCAUCGGAGCCGUCAUCAUGCAUCGUUUUCCCAACGGAUCCGUGAAGGCAAUUGCUCAUGCUUCCAAGUCGCUCAAUCAAGCUGAGCAAAACUACAGCCAAAUCGAAAAGGAAGCACUUGCGUUGGUUUUCGCCUGUACCAAAUUCCAUCGCAUGCUUUGGGGCCGUCGAUUCACGUUGCAGACAGACCAUCAACCGUUGCUAAAAGUUUUCGGGUGCAAGAAGGGAAUACCAGUGCAUACUGCCAACCGACUCCAGCGUUGGGCACUCACUCUCCUGGGCUACGAUUUUGCGAUCGAGUUCGUGUCAACACAAAAUUUUGGAAACGCUUUUUCUAAUUUGUCCAACACGUGGUUUUACUUUUACUAACCGAAGUCGAACAUAACAUUUUACACCGUCCGCAGUGCUAGGUGGGAAA